AUGAAUAAACCUUCCAUUCUUACCACUGAUGCAUCUAAUUCAGCAAUGGGGUACAUACUUUCUAAAAAAGAUAAGGGUAACAGGGAACAUGUUAUUGGUUAUGGGGGUAGAUUACUAUCAAAACCAGAAAGAAAUUGGUCAGCAUCAGAUGUUGAAUGUCUUGCUGUGAUUGAGGGUAUAAGGGAAUAUAAAACUUACCUUUCAAAUAAUGAAUUCUUGGUCUUCACAGACCACAAACCAUUACAAUAUUUGAUGUCGCAAAAAUCCACAACAGGCAGACUAGCCAGGUGGUCCCUUGAGCUGCAAGGGUACAAAUUUAAGAUAAUUCACAAAGAGGGAAAAAGUAAUGUUGUUGCCGAUGCUCUCAGCAGGCGACCUUAUCAAGAACAGAAUGAAAUGGUCACAGAAACUCAUGUCAUUGAAGCAUUUGAACAUGGAACGACAAUAGAGGUCGAGUUCCACUAUGGUAGUAGUGCACAGGUCACCAUUGUGGAACCUGACAAAAUUGAACCAAACUUGAGUUUAGAACACGAAGAUAUAGGAAAUCUUCAAAAGGAAUGCCCUGACUUCAGGGGCAUAUACAUGUAUCUAGAGUCGGAAACUCUUCCCGACACUAGCAAGGAACGUAAAAAGGUUAUAGCACAAUCAGACUCAUACAGUAUUUGUAAUGGUGUGCUCUAUCACUGGUUCCAGAGACGAAAGAGAAAGCAAUUUAAAACUCCAAUAGGUAAAUCGCCUAAGCUUAUUGAUAAAUAUGAUGGUCCAUAUUACAUAUCUGAAUUAGGACCAAAUUUUACAUACAAACUUCGAAGAUGUUCAAAUCACAAAGAGUUGAAAUCUUAUGUCAACGCGAGUAGAUUAAAAGAUUAUAUUCCAGGUGUUGAUGUCAGGAAUCAGCAUCCUGAACAAGAUAUUGACAGAUUAUUUGAGGAGAAUAAUGAUGGCAAUCAAAAUAUUGCUGAAAAUGAUCAGGAAAAUUUAAAUAUCCCCAUUGAUAAUGAUAUUGACAAGGUCCAAGAUACAUGUAACACGUAUUAUCCUGUUGACAAACUCAUAAAGAUGGCAAAGAAAAGAAAAAUGUCUGCAAGACAGAGAAUGAUUCAAGACAAGUUGAGAAAAAGAGAAAAGAGGCAAAAGUCUGCAGGAAUUCUGCCAAAUGAGGUCACAGCUUUGACGUCACAACAGUCUGCUGUUCCUUGCGGGACAGUGGAUGGAGCUGAUUCAGCUCCUCCCGGUAAUUUUCCGGGGCUUGGUUCGAUGGGGUUUCCACCUAAAGAGGAAAAACCCCUGGCCAGGGUGCAGGCCUCACCUCGAGUGAAAAUGCAUUCACCUGCCCCGAGGUUGCCAUCUCCUCGGGGAAGUCGUCUGUUUGUCCAUGACGAGGACAAGGCACCGUCCACUGACUCCCCACCGUGGGUUUGUGCUCCACCGAGGGCACCUGGAUCGGACAUAGUGCAUAUGUCUGGUCCAGCAGGACAGGCGCAGCUGGAUACCUCCAGGAUGGAGGAGACCAGUAGAAUAUCAAAAGAUGAGGGCACUUUAACGAAUUCUGAACUGGAAACUAUACGAAUAUCAAACAGAAACUUGAACAAAAAACCUGAUAUUAUAGAAAGUAUAAACAGAGAAAGAGAUAUGUUGGAGUCUGUAGAAAGUAUGUUGGGUUUCAGAGAUGAUACAGAGAUUAUAGAGAAUGAGUUGAAAAAUGAAGGAAAGAAAGAUAUGAAAUUAACAAGUGAAAGAAUUUUUCACAGGAAAAAGAGUAAGAACAUAAGAGAUUUGAAGGUACAAAGUAAUCAGAAAGAAAGUACUAGUAUGCUGGAUUGUGCUUGUGAGGAGAAUACAAAUUUAGAAGCAAGAAAUUCAUAUACUGUGUCUGUCCAGGGCUCUUUCCAUCAAGCUGAUCCUAUGUUUGGUGACAAUGCAGGGACUCAAUGUGUGGCAAAUUGUCUAUCAGCUAUAGCUUAUCAUGUUCUGAAAAGUGCAAAAAUCUGGCAAACAGCUGAUGUCAACAAAGUUUUAGUGAAUGGGGAUGAACUAUACACAUACCUGCAGAACAGUUCAGCAGUUACAAGUAGAUAUUUGUUAGUUGAAGAGUUGCCGCAGUAUUUUGAAUGCUUCAGUAAAACAUUUGAUUUCACAGUGAAGGUAUCAGUACCAAGUUUUAUCAGCUUAUCAGAGGAGGAACCAUGUUAUGAAGAUUUUAAUGCUUUUCCCCUUUUUGAAGCUCUGCAAAUGACACUUCAUGAAACAGUCGGAUGUUUUGUAUGUUUUGGGGGAAAUACUUUGGUAGUUGGAAAAACAACUGAUGGAUUUUUCGUAUUUGAUUCCCAUUCAAGAUGUUCUCGUGGCUAUCUUAGUGUGCAUGGAAAGAGUACAAGAAUUUUAUUAGAGAAUGUUCAUGAUGUUUAUUUGCACUUAAGGUCAUUAGCAAUUUCAAUGGGUUUUUCAAGGACUGUUGAAUGUGAACUAACAGGGGUAUUAUGUUCCUUGAAGACUUUUGCUAUGGCUGAAGUGUAUGAACAAGAAGAAGCUGAGAUGGAUUUAGGAGCAGAAAUAGGUUUGAAUCAGGAUGUAUUAUCAACAGAACAACAAGAGAUGUUACAGACAGAUGAAUUGAUUUUUGUGGGCGAGGAAAGCAAGCAGCAUGAUUUCAUUCCUUUAUCUGUUCAGAAUCAGAAGGAUUUGUGCAAGAAAAUGGGGUUUUCAUAUGUUGCUUUAGGAUAUCACAACAGUUCAGUAUCUGUAAGAGAUAUGGGUGUGCCUAGAAGCUGUAAAGAUAUUGAAAGAGAUGGAAAUUGCUUUUUCAGGGCUUUAUCAUUUAGCUUGACAAACUCUGAAAACUAUCACAAACAAAUUCGUGAAGCUGUUUGUCAACAUUUGCUUGAAAAUGAAACAGAAUUUCGAAAAUUUAUGCGAUCAGAGGGAUCUUUGCGGUCAUACUUGCUCUCAAGUAAAAUGACACUCGAAGGUAUAUGGGCAACGGAAUUGGAGAUUCUUGCUACAGCACGUAUGUUGAAUGUAGACAUAUAUACUUACUCAGAUACGAGGUGGCUUCAGUUCAAUGGGCAUGAUCUGUGUGCUGAAUCAGGAAAUCAGGGAGAAGCAAUUUAUUUAUAUCACAGAGAACAAAAUCAUUAUGAUGUUGUUUUGCAAGUGACAUCAAGGUUGGCAGAGAUUGACUGUUUCCUCAUGAAUAAUCCCGGUGGAAGAGAAUAUAUCCUUCGAAAAGAAAACCAAAUGCGUAUGAGAAAUAGGCGCAAGGCUCCAGAAUUAAAAGUUAUGGUGGACUCGAAUGAAAAUCGCAAGGCUGCACUAAAGAAAAAAUAUCAGGAAAAUGAGGAGUUCAGGGAAAAAAUGUUGAAGCAUAAAAAGAAAAUGUAUACAAAUGCAGACUAUAAGUUGAAAGCACAACUGAGCAACAGGCAUCGUUAUCAUGGAAAUAUUGCUUACCAGUUGAAAUAUGCCUUAAAUGCUGAGCACAGAGGAAAGGUGCUGAAAAGGAGUAAAGAAAUAGGUAAAGAAAAGUAUCGAACAGAUUUGAAAUAUAAAGAGCAAAAGAAGAUACAAAGUGUUGGAAAAUAUAACUUGGACUUGAAGCACAGAGAAUUUGCCAAAAAAAGAAGUAAAGAAAAAUACAGAACAGAUUUGAAGCAUCGGAAUAAUGUGAAGGGGGCAAGCGUAAAAAAGUACAAGACAGACUUGGAACACCAGAAGAAUGUUAAGGAAGCAAGUACUGAAAAGUACAGGACUUACUUGGAACACCAGUUAAAAGUUAAGAAAGCAAGUACUGAAAAGUACAGGACUAACCUUGUGCAUAAGACCAAUUUAAAACGAACAAUAUUGGAUAAAUACAAGGCAGAUGAAUUCUACCGAAAAAAGAACAAAGCUGCCAAUGUUUCUAGGUAUCGAAGGAAUGAAGCUUUUAGAGCUGAAAAGAAAGAGCAAGCUGGAAGAAGAUAUCAAUUAAACGCUGAAGUUCAAUUACACACGAAGAAUCGUGGCAAGACUAGCUACAAGUCCUCCCCUGAUGUUCAAGAGAAAAAAAAGAGAAGAGUACAACAGAAUAGGAAAAUAAAAAAAAUCAAUAUGAAACAGGCAGAGGAAGUUUUAAGAUCAUUUAAAGAAAAUUCAUCGAAAGGACCAGAUUAUGCAUGUACCUGUUGUCACAGACUGUUGUUCAGAAAUCAAGUACAAGUUUGUGAACAUCAAAUGUAUGAAAAAAAUGAAGCAGCAAGAACUAUCUCACAUAUUUGUUUGCUAGGCAAGUAUUUCCAUGAGUGUUCUCAAUCAUGUCCAGAAACAUGCACCAAAUCAUCAUCAUGGAUUUGUUACACUUGCCAUAGGAAAAUAUUAAGUGGCAAAGCACCACCAGAGGCUGCUGCAAACAAUAUGACAUUAGAGGAUAUUCCACCUGAAUUAGCCAACUUAAACAGCUUAGAACAACAUCUCAUUGCACUUCACAUACCGUUCAUGAAAAUCAUGGCUCUCCCACAUGGUGGACAGAGGAAUGUACACGGACCUGUUAUUUGUGUGCCCUCAGACAUGAGAAAAACUUCCAGUUUACCAAAGCAAGAGGAUGAUGACUUGUUGUUGCGGGUGAAAUUGAAAAGGAAACUGGCAUACAAAGGUUAUUUUGAAUAUCAAUUUGUUAAUUCAAACCAUGUAAUGUCAGCAUUGUCAUACUUGAAAGAGAACAAUCAGUGGUACAAAAAUGUCAUAAUUGAAUCCACUCGGAAAGAUGACAUGGAAAUUCCUGGGCAAAUGACUGAUUGUGAAGAAGAAAAUGAAGAGGGUAAUGAGAACAAUGAUCAAAUGAUAGCAUUUGACACUUGUUUACAACCCGUAGAUGUUGCGCAAGAAGUUUUGGACCAUUAUUUCGAUGAUGUGUACAACAUUGCACCAGGUGAAGGGAAGAAUCCUGUGCGAAUGCUACAAGAGCCUGGAAAUGAAGCAAAAGCGUUUCCUUGUCAUUUCCCAAGCGGAAGAUUUUCUUGGAAUGAAGAAAGAUCACAAAAAUUAACACUAUCUAGGUAUUUUAACAAUAGGUUAAUGAAUGCGGAUAAUAGGUUUGCAAAGGACACAAAUUACAUUUUCUUUAGCCAGUACAUGUCCGAACUCAACCAAGUGAUUGAAAAAACUCAGAUUUCACUCAGGAAAUCUUUGUCAAAAUGUUCUAGUGGGAAACAAGUGACAGCGAAUAUGCUUCAAGAUCCAACUACGCUCGCUAGUUUGUUGAGAAAUGAUGAGGCAAUAAGGUUCAUGCAACCGAUAAGAGGAACACCCGCAUAUUGGGCAACUGCUCAGAAAGAUCUCUUUGCAAUGUUGCGGCAGUUAGGAAUCCCAACCUGGUUUUGUUCUUUUAGUGCUGCAGAAUAUAGAUGGAAUGAUGCAGUUAGGGCUAUAUUAAGGCAGCAGAGUGAUGACAGAAAUCCUGAUGAAAUGGAAUGGUCAGAAAAGAAUGAAGUUUUAAGGUGCAAUCCUGUAACAGUUGCUCGAAUGUUCGAACAUAGAUUUCAGGUAUUUCAUAGAGAGGUCAUUCUUUCACCAUGUGAACCAAUUGGAAAAGUGGUAGACUUUUUCCAAAGAGUCGAGUUUCAGCAGAGAGGAUCACCACAUAUGCAUUGUUUAUACUGGGUUGCAAAUGCACCUAAAAUUGACUCUGAUGGAGAGGAAGUUGUGUGUAACUUCAUUGACAAAUAUGUAACAUGUGGCAUACCCUUGGAAACUGAUGACGCACAGCUGAGAAAAAGUGUCCUGGAUGUUCAACAGCAUAGCAAGAAUCAUUCAAAAUCUUGCAAGAAGAAAGGCACUGACUGUAGGUUCAAUUUCCCAAGGCCUCCAUCCCAAAGGACAUUUAUAACAAUUUCCUCAGAAGAAGAGAACAUAGAUAAGUCUGAAACAGAGGCUAGAGAGGAGAAACUAAACAAAGCAUAUGCAAAGGAAAUUUUGCUUAGUGUAUGGGAUAAAAUACAAAAUGAUUGCGAAGGAAAAACAACAAAAGAAGUAUUUGAUGACCUUUCACUAACUCAAGAACUAUACGAAGAAGCGUAUAACAUGUUAACAGCAAGGAGGUCAAUUGUUCUGCAACGUAACCCAAAUGAGGUAUGGACGAACCAAUAUAAUCAGUGUCUUUUGAAAUGCUGGGAUGCUAAUAUGGACAUUCAGUUUGUUUUGGAUCCUUUCAGUUGUAUUGUAUACAUCGUUUCCUACAUAUCAAAAUCAGAAAGGGAGAUGGGCAUGUUACUGAAACAAACAAAAAUAGAGGCAGAGGAGGGAAAUCUCAAUGCUCGACAGACAAUGAAAAAAAUUGGAUCUGCAUACUUAAAUCACAGAGAGGUCAGUGCUCAGGAGGCUGUUUAUAGGGUGUGCAAUCUAAAAAUGAAAGAAUGUUCAAGGAAAGUUGUUUUUAUUCCCGUUGAUGAUGAUGAAAAUGAUAUCUGGAUGACAAACAUAAUUGAGCGUUAUGAGAACCGUCCUGAUAAGCCAAUGUUCCAUGACAUGUGUCUCGCCAACUUCUGUUCUGAAUUCAGAGUACUUGCUAAAUCUCAAGUUCCAAAAAAAGAAAACGAGAAUGUGUUCGAACUGCAGAAUGGUAAGGGAUAUGUGCAACGCAGAACACGAACACAGCAUGCUGUUGUAAGGUAUCCGAGAUUCAAUGUUGAGAAUAUGUCGGAAAAAUAUCAUCGAUCUAUAUUGCAACUUUUCCUCCCCUACCGAACAGAGAAACAAUUGAAGCCUCCAGGAUUCGAAUUAUAUGAGGAUUUUUAUGAAACUGGUCAUGUGAAAAUUAAAGGGACAAGACGACUGCAAUCAGUGAAAUCAAUAGUAGAUGUGAAUCGUUCCCAUUAUGCACAAAAUGAACAGUCCUUGGACAUAGCUCAAGAAGCAUAUGAAAUGAAUGGUGAACCAGAGGAUGCAUGGUCACGCAUAUGUCCAGAAACAGAAGUACUAAGGAGAGAAGGUAUAGCACAGAGAAAAGAAAACACAGUGCAACAAGAGAAUGAUACGGAAGCUAUACCAGAUAUGGAAAAUGAGAUGAAUAAUGCAGAUGUGCUGUAUCAUGUUCACCAAAAUGUUUCUUCAAGAGAUGAAAUGUUACCAGUUCUCCAAAAUUUGAAUGAAAAACAGAGUGAGAUAUUUUAUUUGCUUCGAGAGUGGUGUUUAGCAAAGAUAAAUGGCAAAAAAAUUGAACCUCUGCACUUAUUUGUGACUGGUGGUGCCGGCACUGGUAAAAGUCAUCUCAUAAAAGCAAUUCAUUAUGAAGCGUCACAUUUGCUUUCUAGAAUGACGUCUGAACCAGAAAAGGUUACUGUACUUCUUUCGGCAUUCACGGGAACAGCAGCCUUCAACAUUGGUGGAAACACGCUUCAUCACUUAUUUUCACUAACAAAAUAUAUGCCAUUGCCAUAUGAGCCAUUAGGAGAACAAAGCCUUAGUGAAAUGAGAGUAAAAAUAGGUGACAUACAGAUUCUUAUCAUUGACGAAAUAUCAAUGGUAUACAAAAAGCUUCUGUAUUAUGUACAUGAGCGGCUAGUGCAAAUUAAAAAAUGCAAAGACCCAUUUGGAGGUGUUUGUGUUAUCGCAGUGGGGGAUUUCUAUCAACUUCCUCCAGUGAAGCAGCGGAAAAAUGAGAGACUCUAUAAAGAAAAUUUGAAUUAUCCUGUGGAUUACUGGUUUGACUUUUUUAAAGUCAUCGAAUUAAACCAGAUAAUGAGGCAAAAGGAAGAUACGUCAUUUGCCGAGGUGCUAAACUCUCUUCGUGUAAGACAGACAAAUGAGCCAUUAACAGAGGUGCAAAAUUUGAUGUUAGAACGGUGUAUCAGAGAAGGACCAGACGAUGUUCUUCAUGUGUUUUGCACAAACGAAGAAGUAAACACAUUCAAUUUGACAAUGUUAAGAAAGACGUGUGAAGAUUUAUUAGAAAUUGAUGCAGAGGAUUAUAAGAAGGACAAAACAUCUGGAAAACUGAUUCAGAGAAACAAACCCUUCAUAAAAUCAACAAGUGAUGGCCUUCCGAACUCCUUACUAUUGUCCAUUAAUGCAAGAGUUAUGCUCACAAGAAAUUGUAAUGUGGAAGAUGGACUUGUGAAUGGAGUAAUGGGUAAUGUUUCCCAAUUCCAAUACAAAGAAAACAAUGCAACAUGUGUUAGAGCUGUAGGAGUGGUUUUUGACAAUAAGGAAGUUGGAAGAAAGUUAGGACAAAAAACAAAAGAUGGAAACAUGGUGUUAAUUGAAAGAAUCCAAGAAGAAAUAAAGGAGAAAACAGCUUCAGUGGUUAGACAUCAAUUUCCUCUUCGGCUAUCAUGGGCAUGUACUGCUCAUAAGGUGCAAGGAAUGACCACAGACAGAAUAGUUGUGAAUUUAGACAGAGCAUUUGCUCCUGGACAGGCUUAUGUUGCAUUAUCAAGAGUUACAUCAGAGGGUGGCUUAUUUAUUGAAACAGAAGAUGCAGCAAAACUUAAGAAAAAAAUUUAUGCUGAUCCAGAAGUAAAGACAGCUUUAACCGAAAUGCCGAAAUUUAUUUUUGACGACCUUUUACAGGCCUUGAAAUCCAGUGGGAUCAAAGUAGUCCUUCAGAAUAUCCAGAGCUUAGGAAGACAUUUUGGAGAUUUGAAAAAUGAUGAGAGGUUCAGAAAUGUUGAUAUCAUCUGCCUAACAGAAACAUGGUUAAGGUCUGGGGUGAACACAGAACAUUUAGUGUUGAAUGGAUUUCAAUUGCAUCACCUUCCUAGACAAGAGGCAUAUGAUGACAAUACUGUCUUAACACAAGAAUUGCGCAAUUCAAAAGGUGGAGGAGUUGCAUUAUAUUUGAGAGAUGACAGUGGUCCUUUUGAACCCCUUCCACUCCCACAGAUGAAUAUUGAAGCUAUGGCUCUAAAAUUACCAAAGGAAGAAAUUGUGAUUGUGGUUGUCUAUCGUCCAUGCAAGGCAAAGAUGACAACUUUCCUUCACAGCCUGCAGAGAGUACUUGACUUCACAAGGUCAGUUUAUCCAGAUUGUAUUCUCAUGGGGGACUUUAAUGAGAACGCGAAAUCUGAUGGUCCAGUUCAAAGAUUUUUGAAGGAUCAAGACUUCUGCCAAGUUGUAACUUUCAGUACUACCGACGGGGAGACCAUAUUGGAUCAUGUUUACACAUCCAAUUCAAUACAGAUCGAGCUCAAAAGAUUGCCAACAUACUACAGUUAUCAUGAUGCUGUAUUUGUUAAAUUCCUAGAAAAAUAA